GUUCAGACGAACGUCGUUCGCCCAAGAGCGUCAGAAUCAAAGAAGAGGCCGAGUACGAUGCCCUCCCUUCCCCCACCUCCCGCACUGCGCCUCCCGCCAACCAGCCAUCGGCACACUCACAACCCGCCGACGCCGCCCCCACCACCGCGGCGCCCGCCCCCGCCCCCUCCGCGGCACGCCCGUCCCCCAGCAAGAAACGCCGCGUGACGAUAAGCGGCAUCUCGCACCCAAUCAACACGGACGUCAGGCCUCCGCCCCCGACAGAUCCCAACACAUCGAUCUCGCCCGUGGUCAUGGGCCUCCCCAUACCCCGCGACGACGCUGCCGCGAUCGAGCAGGUCCGCUCCAUGCUCUCCAUCAAGCAGCAGCAGAAGGAGCUCAUCGAGCAGCGCCGCGGCAGCACCGCAGGCCUCGCACCCCCAGUCAGUGCCCCUCCCGCGCCGCCUGCUCAUCCUCAUCAGGCUCCAUCUGACGAACGCCAGCCCUCGGCGAAGGCACACGCUCCCGCGCGGACCGGGGGGCGCAGCCCCAUUACUAGCGGUCCCCGCCGGUCGAGCGUUGCACUCUCCGCGAACGCACCUUCUAACCGCGGUGUUUCUCCCCUCGCCCGCCAGUCCAGCCCACCCCCACCACACCAUUCCCAGCACGGCCCGGCCCCGCCGAUGCUGCAUCCCCCACCGCCGCAUAUCUCCAUGCAAGAGCAGCACACGGGCGGUUCGCACCAGCAUGCGCUGCCCGCUCCUCCGAUCAGCUUCGCUCGACGGCGCGCAACGCGGCAGCUUGGGAAAAGCAAGCCUGCGGACAUUAUGAUUAGCCCGCGGGACGCAGCAGGGGACCGCCUGCAGCCGUCUAUACAGAGCGCCCCACCCAUCCCCCGCGCAGGUGCAACGCAGGGCAUGACCGGCCGAUUCGGAAACAUGAUGCUCCCCAGCCUCCCACCAGUGCUCGGGCCAGGACAGAGCACGCAGCGGAUGACCGCGAGCCGCGUCCCACCCACGCCCACGCGCCUCAGCAUGGCGCGGCACCCGCCUACGGCAUCCAUCCUCACGCCUACGGUUGGCUCGAUUUCUACCACGGCGGCAGCAGCAGCUGCACGCUCCCCACCGACCGCGACCGUGCCUAUCGCGACGACGCUCGUGCCGCCGACGCCUGCGGCGCUGCACGCGCCGGGGUAUGCGGGCGAGAAGGCCGCGUUCCUUGCGCCGUUCGAGAUGUUCUACGACGCGCUCGCGGACGCGCGUACUCUGAAGGGCUGGCUCGGCGAGCAGCUCCAGAAGAGCCAGGCGCUUGCCACGCAGCUCCAGCGCCAACAGGAGCACCUCGACGAGGUUGUAGCGGCCGCUGUCGAGCGCCACAUGACGCCUGUGCGCAACGAGAUGUUCGGCCUGCAGCGGCGGGUCGAUGAGCUCGAGCAUGCGCUACACCACGUCGCAAGCGGGUCGGCGGCAACCUCGGGGCUCGUGCGCACGACAUCCACCGGGCACGGCCACGGGCAGACCUACAGCCCGAACAUGGGCGCGGCGAAAGGGAAGACAAAGGCGAACGGCGUCCCGGAGUCGUACCAGUUCCCCCCAUCCGCAGGGGAUGGCCCGGGUGCGGUCGUGCGCCGCGCGCUCUCGCCUGCGCAGCUCGAGCGCGAGCGCGAGAGCAGGAGCUUCCCUGGGUCGCAAACGGGCUCGCCCGUGCCCUUUGACGUCGGCCGCCGCCUCUCGGUGUCCGCGAUCCGCCUCGACCCUCGCGCACCCGUCGUGUCCGACCCGACGCCCGUGCACCGCACGCCGGGGCGCGAGCGCGAACGCGAGCUUGGGGGGCGCGCGCUGCCCCCGCCGCCGUCCGCGGCCCCGGUCAGCGGCGCGGGUGGGAGUGGCGGCAGCUGGAAUCGGCCGUGGUCGCCACGGAGUGCGCGGGUGUCGCUCCCCGCGGGCACGUCUGCCACGCGCUCGUCGCUGGGCCACCAUGAGCGGCCGGGGCUGCCGAGACGCGCGUCUGCGCAGCGGGUCGCGGGCGAGGGGUAUGCGUAUGUAGGGCAUGAAGGAGCUGAAGGGCGGGACAGGGACAGGGAUCGGGACGGGGAGGGGGACGCUUCGUCGCCGCCUCCACCCCCGCCUCGCAAUCCGCCGAGGCGGGAUGCGCGGUCCCCAGAGCCGAUGGAGGAGUAGGCGACAUAACUGCGACUCGUUCCAGCGGCUUACCCCUCGCACUCUCUUUCCAUGUUUUCAGGUUCCCGACCUUCAAAACCCACUGACCCGGCCUUCCCCAUGUACUCCCCAGCACCCAUUUCUACGCCUCUGUCGGGACCAUCUCUUGUACUGACAUUGGUCAUCCCGAUACUCCUCUCACCCCCUUCCUGUCUCACCGCGGGCAUCGCUGUACGUUUAACCGUGCUGCGCGCCCUUCUUUCCACCGUUCCUGCCUCGGGCUCGGACGUUCGUCGCGUUCAUUCGUGCGCUCACUUGUUCU